UACAACCGAGAUACACCGACCACGUUAGCCUCGAAGGUUCAAGCCAUCGUUGUGCAGUUUCUGUGACAAGUAAAAUAAAAAAUACGUGUAUGUUUACAGCGCAGAGCUGGUUGAAUGUUUUGGUGUUUAUUUUAGGCUGCUGCCAGUAAGCAGACUGUCUGGCGUCGAGUGGUAAGCUGAAUGCUCUGAAAGAAGAAGGCUUUGGUUGCAGCUUGAUGGGCUUUACCUUUUGGCCGUGACAAUGAAGAUAGUACAUUCGUCCAAAAAGUCGGUGAACUUCUGCCAGAGCUCACAUCUCAGAAGACAACCACCCAGCUGGACUCCACCCCCCACUAAGCGAAUUUUAAAAAAGAUUUAAUUUAGGUACGAUACAACAUGAACAGACUGCUGCUAAGCUUGUCAAGACAUCCCAUACGUUUUAUGGUAUCGGAAUGUUCAUUGCCGUGUUCACAAGAGCAGGCCACUGGUCCUCAUCAUGAAGCUGCUUGUUACGUAAACUUGUCCAGAGGAGAUCAUGAGCAGCAGAUCUCCGCUUGGUGCCCUUUGCAGCACAGCGCGCUCACGACAUACUUUCGCAAACUACUAAACACGUGUUACGCCUGGUUCUGAUGGACGCAAAUUCUCGGGGCAGCAACUUUCCUUCGUGCAUGCCGCAAUGAUGGAUCUGCGCAUCUCCAAGUUCCCACAGCAGCGACUCCGAGACGCUGCGUAUGCAGUGUCCAAAGCAUCUCUGGAGGCGGGCGCGCCGUCAUCACUAGCUUCUAUUCCACAGUCAGUCAGAGUCAGAGUUCGCGGAAUACCGAGGCUCCGAGGGUCACUGCAGCACAGCACCUCAGAAGCACGGACAGAAGAAGUGACCAUGACUCUGUUCCUGUCAUCACCCAACCUUGGAAGACAUGUGUCAGCGAGUUCGCCUCAAUUACAGCAGCUAUCUUCGUUUCAAAGAACUUCUGCAUUUCUGAUUUUGUUAUAUAAUGUUGUGACUAUGCGAAUUUCGUUUAAUUAGAUAUCAGAGUUAAGAUUUUCCCUUAGGCCAGGUCAGUACCAGUGUCUAAGGACAUAUAGAAUUUUUUUUGGAGGUCCGAAGGAUUACAAUUCUUCGUUCCAUCGGCCUGGGACUGUCUAGCA